GUAUAAGAUCUGACGUAAUUUGACUAAUAUUUCCUAAUAGGUAGGUAGAUAGAAAUUUAAUUCUGAAGAAGUUUAAGUAAAUAUGAAAAGUGAUAAAUUUCGUGGAGCGAUUUCUUUAUUGUUGUUAUGAAUCAACUUGGAAAGCUAGUACAGUUACGUUGAUAUGAACUCCGACCCAUCAAAAGAUAACGUUUAUGUACUUAAAUAGUUAUUAACAUAUAAAAUACUUCUAUUGCGGAUAAUAAUCGUGUUCGAAUAUCUUUGUGUAGAACUUGUACUAUUUUAAUUGUGAAAUUCGUGUAUUCUCUAAGUCAGAUCUUAGAGUGAAAUGGCAAAAUUGUUGAGCGCAGUAAUAGUGGUAUUUAGUGUAGGAAAUCUUUGCUCAACUAUAUACGUGCCUGGUCAAAAUCCAAACAAAAAAGCUUUGACAACUUUAGGUAUAAAAACGUUGGGAUGGCAAGAUCCAGAGAAACACAACAAUUUGCUCAUACACCAUAAUUACAGUAAAGUUUUGAAUCAAAACGAAAAUGAUAAUGAACAUACAACCCACAAUAUAAUUACAUAUAAGCAACUGCCGCGUAUUUUGUCAUGGGCAAUGUUAAAAAAUAUCACUACCACAACAUCAUAUAAUGACGACAGUGGUGAUACAACUGAAGAAUAUCGGCCACAACAAACUAGAAAUCCAGAAUUUCGGACGAAAGGCUUUAGACCAUAUCAUCAAAAAACACAUUUUCCUCCUAAACGCGGAGAUCACAAUGAUGAUAACGAUGACGAAAAUGGUACCACUGAACUUUCACCUUCCGAAGAUUAUUCGGAAACUAUAGAAAAUGAAAGUGAAAGUACUUUCGAUCAAAAAGUGAGUGAUGUAGAAGACACAGAAUUUACAACCACAAUAAGAAGUCCAUCACAACAUCUUUUGCCGCCCAAAUUUACAAACAGGAAGUCAAAACAAUUUCACAGUUUUAUUACAUCAAGCCAUCGACAUACUGAAGUAACUACUGAGUUAACAUAUUCCAAUUUUCCAUCAACUCGCUAUGGAUAUGUACCAAGCAAUAGUAAUAGGUGGAUUCCAAUACAUUCUCAAACAAAACCCAGUUGCUAUAACGGUGAUUGUGGAAGUGAUUCAAAUGAAGAAGUUUUACGACCUCAAUGUGUUCGCAACUGUGGCAUUCCUGAAAAGAUUCAAGUGGUCAUGGAGGCGGAGAACCAAAACCAACAUGUAUCCAACACUUUCGAAAAAGAAUUGAAAAAGGAAGUCAUUCCACCUGGAGAAGAGGAUGAGCUGCAUGUCUCUGGUACUUCAAUAUAUGAAACAACUAUCAAGAAAGCUCCUGUACCCUAUAACAAAUGCCCCAAAAUGGCUUCAGGACAGUUUGUGUAUGCACUGUCUUGUAAUCAAUUUUUGAACUGCUGGAAAGGUCGUGGUUUCGUUCAAAACUGCGCACCCGGUACAAUGUUCAAUCCGAUGACGCUAGAAUGCGAUUUCGCUCACAAAGUGAAAUGUAUAAGUGGCCCGAGAACUACAGAAAUGCUCGAAAAUAAUAGAAAAAGCAAAUCUGAAAAGCUCGAAAUAACUUGCCCCCCAGAUUUUAAUGGUUUCAUUCCACAUCACACCGACUGCUCCAAAUUUAUUAACUGCGUAAAUGGUUCUGAAGAUAUACGAGAUUGUCCUCCAGGAACCCUCUACAGUACAAAGAUUAACAACUGUGACCAUCCACAUAAUGCAAAUUGCGCACAUUGGACAAAGGGUCCGCAUCAUUCUCACAAUGGGCAUCACAGUCACCACAAUUUGAAGCCAUUAGGUUACAGGAGACCCUAUAUUUAUACAACUCAAUUUCGCUUACCACAGACGGUGAUAAAGGCUUACUGUAAUAAAUAUCCGUGCGAAUCUCAAGAUGGUCACCAUAGCACUUCAGUAAGUCAUAAUAAUAAUACGCCUUUUGGCUACAGGGAAAUUCGAACAGAAGGCAAUGAUCAGUUAAGAACGAACCGUUCGAAUCAACUUUCGUCCAAUGAAUGGAUUGGUUAUCCUCCUACUCAUCAGAUACACUCAAAUCCAAAAUGUCCAGAAGGAGCUGUGGGAGUUCAUCCUCACCCCUUCGACUGUUCUAAAUUUCUAAACUGUGCAAAUGGUCAAACAUUUGUUCAGGAUUGUGGUCCCGGUACAUUAUUUAAUCCUGUUAUUAAGGUUUGUGACUAUCCAUACAACGUUCACUGUGUUAGUCAUGAGCAGAAGGCAGGAGAACCUCAGCCAACAGACAAAAGUACUUAUCUAACCAAGCCUGCGUCGUCCCAAAACUGGCAAGAAGUUGUAAAUGCUGAGGACUGGAGAGAUACUUCUUCGACUUCAUUACCUAUACAUAGAGCACACCAAUUUCCACAGCAAAAUUAUUAUUAUACUACAUAUGGAGGAAGAAAUCCGCGUCCUCAAGCAAAUCCUUUAAGAGUUCAUCAACAAUUACCUGAACAACAAAACACCUAUUAUUAUCAUCUUGGGAGUACCCCUCAUAGUUAUGGCAUUAGUCGAGAACUUCAACCUCCUUUUCCGGAACAUAAUGUUGCUUUGAAGCCUGCAUUCCCAAAAUACACCAUUAACCGAGAACUUCAACUACCUACUGUAGAUUCCACAAUUCGCGGGAGUACUGAAGCGGGUUUCACUAUUCAUCGGGAACUUCAACCUCCUAUUGAGGAUUCUAGUACUCAACACAAUUUUCGACCUGUAUCUCCGCAAUAUACCAUUAAGCAGGAGCUUCAACCUCCUUUUGAAGAUUCGAAUACUCAGAGACCACUCCAACCACUAUAUCCUCACUACACCCCUAACCAACAACUUCAACCACCCGUUCACCAUUCCAGUACUGGCCAAAAUAUCCAAUCAGUGUACCGGAGUUACACUAUUGAUAGGGAACUCCAGCCUCCCUUUAGGGAUUUCAGUGCCAAUAGGAAUUCUCAUCCUGUAACACCGGGUUAUACUAUCCAUCAGGAACUUCAGCCUCCUUAUGAAGAUUAUAGCACUCAUCGAAGUUCUCAAACUCCAAAAUCGGUUUAUAGUAUUAAUCAGGAACUUCAGCCACCUUUUCUGGAAUCUACUUCAGAAGGCUCACCAGACGGUUAUGAAUCAAACACUGACAAUAAUUUCCAAGGCCAAAUAGAAGAGGAGGAAGAAGAUAUGGCUUCCAGUCAAAAACAUGAUUGGAGAAUACCUCCGUCAUCUACUGUUAGUUCAAGAAAACAUCUUCGUCCCCUUCCAUUAGAUGGAAGAAGGAGGAAUGGUUCUUGUUCCUUGAAAUCCUUUUGGUGUGCAGAUGAGGAAGAGUGUGUACCUUCCAGUAUGGUUUGUGACGGUUCGAAGGACUGCUCUGAUGGAAGUGACGAAAUUAACUGUGAAAGAUACUUAGAAAAAUAUGCUAUGACUCCAAAUGCCAAGUUAGGUGUUCAUCCUAAGGAAAAAUUUCCCAAUAUAAGUUUACCUAAUUGUGCAAAACUCUGUACUGAAAUGGAGGGCUUUGUAUGCAGAUCAUUUUGUUAUAGAAAAGACAAUGGCGGAGUGUGUCUUCUAACGGAUACUAACGUAGGGCUAUCUGGUGCUAUCAUUCCUUCUUCCGCAUACAGUUAUUAUGAAUCAAUGGAACACGUCGUUGAUUGUACCAAUAAAUAUAUAUGUAAAAACCAAAAGUGUAUUGACCAAAAUAAAAUUUGCGAUGGGAUAAACGAUUGUGGUGGAAGAGAAGACGAGAAAGGAUGCAGUAAAGAAGAUUUGGAUUACGAAGUACGACUUGCCGGCAGUGAACAUCCCUAUGAAGGACGAGUAGAAGUUAAAGUGUUUGGAAAAUGGGGCUACAUUUGUGAUGAUCAAUUUGGGCAAACUGAUGCAGAUGUGGUCUGCAAAGAAUUAGGUUAUGAAAUGGGCGCAUUGGAUGUAAAAGGUAACAGCUACUAUGGGGAUGACUUAAAUGAUAAUAACACUUUCUAUCUAAUGGAUGACGUUUCUUGCUUGGGUAACGAAACAUCAUUAAGGGAUUGUAACUUCAACGGUUGGGGAAUUCAUAAUUGCGAAGAUCAAGAAAUUGUCGGAGUCGUCUGUAAAACACCACAAGAAAAGUGUUCCAGUGACUCAUGGCAAUGUGCAACAGGUCAGGAGUGCAUCCCUUUCAUUUUCGUUUGUGAUGAUGUGUACGAUUGCAAAGAUCAGUCGGACGAAAGUAGCGAACUUUGUAAGGCUCCAACGGAAAUCAGACUUGUAGGAGGACGAUCAAAUAGGGAAGGACGGAUAGAAGUGAAAUAUCAUGGUAUAUGGGGGUCGGUUUGCGAUGACGAUUUCAACGACGAUGCAGCGAAAGUUGUUUGCAAAUCUUUGGGAUAUUAUGGUAGAGCAUCUGCCGCCAAAGAUGGCUACUUUGGCCCAGGGGAAGGUCCAAUUUGGUUGGAUCAAGUGUUUUGCCAAGGAAAUGAAAGCAAACUCGAACAAUGUCAACAUUGGAAUUGGGGAGAACACAAUUGCGAACAUUCUGAAGAUGUUGGAGUUAUUUGCAACAGCUAUGAUAUAUCAGGAAGUGAAAGGAACGCCAAAUUUAACGACGACGCUUUAGAAAAUUUUCUUCCCUCGUCAGCUCUUCCGAAACGAUGUGGAUACAGAAAUGACGACAUCUUCCUAGAAAAUGAUUCUAUUCAUGAAAGAGUGGUACAAGGGUCUAAAGCUCGAAGAGGAGAUUAUCCCUGGCAGGCUAGUAUUCGUGUCAAGAACAAGUUUAAGUCGUCUCACUGGUGCGGAGCGGUUGUUAUAUCCGACAAAUUCGUUCUGACAGCCGCCCACUGUCUUGAUGGAUAUCAAAAGGGAUCGUAUUUCGUUGUGGCCGGAGAUUAUAAUGUAGAUCUUGACGAAGGAACUGAACAAGAAGCAUUCAUUGAUGAGUACUACGUCCACGAAGGGUUCCGGAAAGGAGGCAAAAUGAACAACGACAUCGCCCUUGUGAAACUAAAAGGCAAAGGGUUUAUUUUAACUAAAGACGUCCAACCAAUUUGUCUUCCUGAAAAGGAUGCCGAGUAUAUUCCGUGGAUGAAUUGUACCAUAUCCGGAUUUGGUUCGACGAAAAGCGGAAAAUCGGCAUAUUCACGAGAUUUAAUGGCAACAUGGGUACCAAUUCAAGCCGAUCCUGUUUGCAAAAUGCCACACGUUUAUGGUACUGCAAUAACAGAUGGAAUGGUGUGUGCCGGAUAUUUGGACGAAGGACAAGAUGCCUGUGAUGGAGACAGCGGUGGGCCUCUAGCGUGUUUACAUGAGGGGUAUUUUUCUCUAUAUGGAAUCACGUCUUGGGGUCAACGAUGUGGUUUGGCAAAUAAACCAGGUGUGUAUGUGAGAGUCUCCCAUUACAGGGAAUGGAUCGAGAAAACCAUGGAGAAACAUUCUCUCUCAUAGUAAUUAAUUCAAAUAUAUAUAUAUACAAUAUUGUAUAUCUUCAUAUAUUAAUAGAUUGUGUUAAUUGUUAUUUAUUAAUGCUAUGUAACAUUUUGACUACUACAAUGUGGUUCUCUUUAACAAAGAACAUAAUAUUUAUUUUUCGUUCUUUUUUGUGUUAAAAGUUAACGAUAAAGAAAACGUUUAAAUAUAUAGAUUUAUUUACUACAAUUUCGAGAAUAUAUGCUUAUGAACUUAAGAACCAUUACAUAUAAAGAUUGGAAGCUGCUAAACAUAUAAAUUACAUUUAUUUUAUUAGCGCUUAAUUGAACUUCGUUAUUAUACCGUAUGCGAAAGAGCGGAUCUAGAUCUGGGUAUACGGAAUCGGCACUUUCGCAUACGGUAUAUGUGUCUACUUAUUAUUGUUAGUUUAUGAGAAGUACCUGGUUGUAAAUACAAUAAA